UUAGAUUCUUUUACACUUUUGUCGUGCGGUCAUGGCGGAWGAACCUCCAAAAGACAACCAUCCUUUAAGAAAAAAACUGCUCCAUUUCACACAAAGCACCACAAUCCAUAGCGUGUCAAGGCAGACGUUACAAAAUUCUUUAAAAAGGCGUUUAUUGUGGGGUAUAUUAUUCAUUUCUUCUCUGRGCUAUGCAAUUUAUCAGUGCAGAGAUUCAGUAAGGAAGUACCUACGAGAUCCAAUAAGUAUAAAUAACACUUGGAAAGUCUUCACCGAUCUAGAAUUUCCUGCAGUAACCAUUUGUAAUCUAAACCCUUUAAGGAAAAAAAAGAUCAAUAACGCUACUACAUUUGUCUCGCAAAUCCAUGAGGAUUAUACAAAAAGGAUGAACAGUUCUUUUGUGGACCCUGCUGGUUAUAAAACGAACGUGUACAAAAUGCUACAAGCGUUCGUGGCAAGUCAAAAUGACAGCACAUUAAAAGAWCUUGGACACCAAGAAAAUACUUUAAUUCUUGAAUGUUUGUGGAAAAACAAACCUUGCGAUAACAGCCUGGAAUAUUUAUAUUCGCCUACGUAUGGUAAUUGCUUUACGUUCAACUCAAAUGAAAACGACCGGCCUGCGGCUUACGCUUCAAGAGAAACUUCACAUGAAGAACAAACUCUACAAUUGCUUCUAAACAUCGAAAGUGAUGAAUAUGUUGGCGCCCUUUCUCCCAAUGUCGGMGCCGUUGUGGUUGUUCACGAUCGUAAUAUCAUGCCUUUUCCCUCAGAAGAAGGCCUAAUUUUCUCACCAGGAUUCAGCAACAAUGUUGCCAUCACAAAGGAAAUAUCUAUACGGGUGAACAGACCAACAUCAGUUAGAGAAGGAUGUAAUGAUUCCUAUAACAUGAUGUUUUACGCUAACAAAUCGUAUUCAGUUAAUGCCUGCUUAAAGAAUUGUCUSACUCUAGCGGUCCUGGACCGUUGCAACUGUGUGCCAUCGUGGAUUAGACAUCACAACAAUUGCGAUCCUUUCAACGCAACACAAAACCGAUGCAUCGAGCAGGUCGACCRAUACCUUGACAAACAUUUAGACACAAGAUGCAACUGUCUUCAGCCGUGCGAAGAAAACUUCUUUYUGUUGAGUACAUCRACUGCUGUGUGGCCCAGCAAAGCAAACUGGCAAUACCUGAAGGUUUCUCUUGAAAACUCGACAGCAAGGCAGUACGCUUCRAAACWUUCAGAUGCAAGGGAAAAUUUGAUUCGGCUCAACGUUUUCUACAGUAAUUUUCGUGUCAAGAUUGAACAACAGUAUUCAGCAUUCAACUUUGGUAGUUUAAUUGGAGCWGUGGGAGGACAAUUUGGACUCUGUGUGGGGAUGUCAAUUCUCUCUCUCUGCGAAGUUUUAGAGUUUCUCUACGAUCUUUGCGUCAUUMUUAUUAGACGUAAAAACGUCACUCCAACUUCACCCUCGACUACUUAGAACAACGAUAUAGAAAYGAAAGAAAGUUAUAUUCAUAUCCAUAUCUUUACUUAGAACAAUUAACAACAGCACCAAACAGGCGCAUACCAAUCGAUCAAUACAAAAUGUACACCAAUAGACUGGACAAUAAAAACUGAUAACAAAAAUAGAUAGAAUACUGAUUAUGGUUUGUGUAACCAAUCACAACUAUUGAUAUCUUGAAAUUGUAAAUUUUACAGUUCCUUUAUUAGACGAAUAAAGUUUACAGUUAACAUUG